UGCGAAGAUAUGGAAGGUUUACUGUGUACAUUCAGUGAUUGUCUUUUCAUCUCGUGGUUGAGGAGGAUGGAAACCGGAAGGUAUUCCCAAUUCCCUCCCAACUUAUUAAGUACUCGUGAUUGUGGGAUCAUCCGACUUCCAUGGUCGUAAAAACUGCGAGCUCUCCGAUAGGAUCUAUGUUUCAUGACGAACAACGCAUGUAGGAUAAUGAGUAUUGGAAGUGGUCCUGGUGUUGAAUUCGGUCUUGCUCUCGGCUGUGCUCGGCGAGCCAGGAAGCGAGGUGGCAGGCCCCCGGGUGCUAUCUGGCAAGCCGCCAAUCGUAGCCCCCGAUAAGCCCGGGCAGCUGCAGGUGGGCCCGAAUUUUCUUGACAAGGAGAGCAGCAGCGAUUGAAUUUCAGUUUCUGGUAGAAGUCAAGUUCACAACCACCAGUUGUCAAAAUGGCUUCCGGUCCCGCAACGAUUGGGGAUUUCUCCAUACUCCCAGUAUCAAUCGCGCCAUUACCAUCAUUCCCUAAAAAUGUCGUCCACUACCUUUACGUACGGCGCAACGCGCCCAAGAUCCCGACCGCGACCGACGCUCGCAGCCUCUUCCUCACCAAUGUACCCGUCGACAGCACCGAAGCCCACCUCCGCGCGCUCUUCACGUCGCUAGUAGGCGCGGGUCGGUUUGAGAGUGCCACGUUCGAAGACGAGCGCAAAGACGCGCAUUCGCUGGCCCAAUCCCCAAUCGACGCUGCGCAACCAGCCCAUGCCGCCCGCCUGCUACAAGCCCAUGGCAAGAAGCGCAAGCGCGAGGAUGAGGAGGCUCAGAGGGCACAGGAAGAGGCCGCGGCCCGUCUGCCGAGCACAUGGACCCGGCCACUACGGAGGAGUGGCAGCACAGCGGUGGUGCUGCUCGCCGACGAGAAGAGCGUGGCGCAGGUGUUCAAGGCGAUCGCCAAGGUGCACAGGAAGAAAAAGUACCCUACCUGGGGCGGCGACGACUUACCAGAAGGCCGCGUUCCGCCGCUGGGCUCGAUCUGGCUCAAGACACACAACCGGCUUUCCUACGCAGACAAGGAGGAGCUGCAGGCGUCGGUUGACGCCUUCUCGGCGCUCUUUGCCCGGCGCGAGCAGGAGGCUGCCGAAAUCGCCAAGAGGCUACGGAACGAGCCGGACGAGGACGGUUUUGUCACGGUUACGAGGGGCGGCAGGGCCGCACCAGCCAGCCGGAACGAGGCAGAGGAGGCCAAGCGCAAGAUGCUGGAGAGGGCGGAGAAGAAGAAGGAGGAGCUCACAAACUUCUACCGAUUCCAGCUGCGGGAGCGGAAGAAGGAGGAGCAAGCCGAGCUUCUCAAGAAGUUCGACGACGAUCGGAAGAAGCUGGAGGCGAUGCGCGUGAAGAGGGGGAAGUUUGUCCCCGAAACGUGAGCAUGCAAGGGGGGGAUGCCAAGGAAAAGAAACUGCACCAAUGCGCCCAUGUUUGGGUUGCAGUCAAAACAAACGGUGUGGGACGGGGUGCAAAGACUCCAACAAGAUACCUGCCGGCUUGGGAAUCCCAAUUGGGUUGUCAGGCCCAGGCACAACAUCAAGAACGGUA